AUUAUAUCAGGACCUAUAGACACCUGGAGAGAACACAACAUUAUAUCAGGACCUAUAGACACCUGGACCAACCUGGAGAGAACACAUCAAGAUGAGGAUCCUGCUGAUAGUCAUCCUCCUCUCCUUCAUGACAGGUUGUUUGAGCUCCUUUACAGUGACAGGAUACUCUGGAGGAACUGUCAUCAUCUACUGUCAUUAUUCCACAGAAGAAAGAAGUAAUGAGAAAUAUUUAUGCGUGAGGCAGUAUAGUUUGAGUUAUGAGGAUCAAAUCAGAACUGUAUUGAAUAACACCUGGAAGCACAGUGGUAGAUUCUCCCUGUAUGACAACACUAGAGGAAACUACUUCAAGGUGAUGAUCAGACAACUGACCAGACAAGAUGAAGGGACCUACUGGUGUGGAGUGGACCAACCUAUUAUACCUGACAGUUAUACCAAGGUAGAGCUGGAUGUGAAGAAGGAUGACUGCUGUGAGAAGUCAGUCACAGAGACGGCCUUUCUGGGAGGAGAAGCUACCAUCAGAUGUAACUAUCCAGAGGACCAUGAGGACAACAUCAAGUAUUUCUGCAAGGAAGACAGUGAAUCUGACUGUGAAUACCAGAUAUCAGGUACAUAUAAUGAACAACUAGGAAGAUAUUCUCUUUCUAAGAGAAGAAGAGAGAGAUUCUCCACAGUGACCAUCAGUGACCUGACUGAAGAUGAUACUGGGACCUACUGGUGUGGAGUAGAAACCAGCAGGACAGAACAACGUUACAUUACACUGAUCACACAGGUGAAGCUGGAUGUUAUAAAUUGGAGGGAUGUCAAACCAAUCAAUGUGACUGAGCAGGUUGGGGAGACUGCCAAGCUCACUUGUAAAUAUCCAGCAGACCACAAGAAGAAUGAGAAGUUCUUCUGUAAAGGGGACAGUCCUUUAACCUGCGAAGAUAAAGUAACAGCUACAAAACCUAACAUCAUCAUAAGGAAUAAGAGGUUUUCUCUGAGGGACAACAGUGAGAAGACCAACUUCACUGUUCACAUCAAGAUGAUGAGACCAGAGGAUUCUGGGACAUACUGGUGUGGAUCUGAUAGAAGAUGGAGACCUGCAGACUCCACUAGAUUUAUCCUCUCUGUGGUGGCACCAACUACCACCAUCAUGAAAACCAAAACUACAGCCCCACCCACAACCACCUUCCUCUCACUAUCUUCACCACCAUCACCAUCAUCAUCAUCACCAUCAUCAUCAUUAUCACCAGCAUCAUCACUCAACGGAUCUGGUACCUCCGUGUUCAUCAUGGUGUCUGUUAGUCUGGUAGUGUUACUGCUGGUGAUCAGCCUGAUCAUAGUCUAUAGAUGGAAAUACAACAAGGUCACAGGAUUUGUUUCUUCAACACACAGAGUGAGUCCAGACACAGGAAACAAAGAAGGGGGUUGUCAUGGUGAUGGUGACUAUGAAGAGAUAAUGGAGCGCGCCCCAAGGUCAGACUCGGGCGCUGCGACCUCCACCAUCUACACCACCGUCAACUUACCCACAAGCCACUCUGACUCUCCCCACUACGCCAGCGUCAACUUCCACAAGAACCCCAGUAGCUCCAACGAAGCCACUGACACCAUUACUAAAGAGGGCAGAUGCCCCAAUGAAGCCACCGCCUCCAUUGCAAAAGAGGGCACGUCAUCAUGUGACUAUGCUACUGUGAACUUUGGUCAAAGCCCAGCCAGCCUACUCUACUGUCAUCCACACAGCUCCUCUGAGGCUCCUCCCAUAUACUCCACAAUCAGCAAACCCAGAGACACCUGAGUCAAUGGCAACCAAUCACAAGAUACAUACACACACUGGCGACCAAUCACAAGAGAUAUAUUUCUCUCUCUCUCUCUCUCUCUCUCUCUCUCUCUCUCUCUCUCUCUCUC